UGUCUCUUCCUCGCUCCCUCUCUUUCUCUCCUCCCUCUGCCUUGCCGGUGCAUAAAGUCGCCUUCGCUCCCGGAACUUGUUGGCAAUGCAUUUUUUUCAGGUUUCCCCCGCGUUCUCAAAACUAACUAUUUAAAGGUCUGCGGCCGCAAAUGGUUUGACUAAACGUAGGAUGGGACUUAAGUUGAACGGCAGAUACAUUUCACUGAUCCUCGCGGUGCAAAUAGCGUACCUGGUGCAGGCCGUGAGAGCUGCGGGCAAGUGCGAUGCGGUCUUUAAGGGCUUUUCCGACUGUUUGCUCAAGCUGGGCGACAGCAUGGCCAACUACCCGCAGGGCCUGGAUGACAAGACGAACAUCAAGACCGUGUGCACAUACUGGGAGGAUUUCCACAGCUGUACGGUCACAGCCCUCACGGAUUGCCAGGAAGGGGCGAAAGAUCUGUGGGAUAAACUGAGGAAAGAAUCCAAAAACCUCAACAUCCAAGGCAGCUUAUUCGAACUCUGCGGCAGCGGCAACGGCGCGGCGGGGCCACUGCUCCCGGCGCUCCCGGUGCUGCUGGUGUCCCUCUGGGCAGCUUUGGUGACCUGGCUCCCCUUCUGAGCGCAGGGCCAGCUCCCCCGCGCGCCCACCCACACUCACUCCAUGCUCCCGGAAACCGAGAGGAAGAUCCAUUCGUUCUUUGGGGACGUUGUGAUUCUGUGAUGCUGAAAACACUCAUGUAGGAUUGUGGGAAAUCCUGGUUCUUUUUUUUUUUUUUUUAAUUUCGUUCGAGUUCUCGUGUUUUCUUUGCCAAAUGUUACCAAUCAGUGAGCGAGCAAGCACAGCCCAAUCGGACCUCAGCUUUAGUCCGUCUUCACACAAAAAUAAGAAAACGGCAACCCACUCCCAUUUUUAAAUUUUAUUUUUUUUUUUUUUGGCAAAAGUAUCUCAGGAACGGCCCUGGGCCACCUACUAUAUUCUCAUGUUAGUAACAUGAAGCAUGAUGGGCUCCUCCUAACAGGAAUGCGUGGAGAGGAGAAGGCCAGGAGAAGGAAUCCCAGAGCGAUGUCCACGUGCAAAGCACACGGUGACCAGUUCACACUCGCCUCUUUCUGCCAGUCUCUUGUUUUGAUCAUUUCCACUGCACAUUUCUCCUCCAGAAAAGCGACAGGCCAGGAGGUGGCUAGGAGGGAGAGAGGGAACACGCGGAGGGAGUCGUUGGUGUCCAGUGGAGGCUGUCACAAGUGCUGCUUACGGCCACUGAAGGGUUAGCUUUACUUAACUUGCCGCAUCUUUCCAGUCCUCUGCCUUUGCGUUCCCUCCUCUCUUGUUUUAGCUGUUACUCAUACAGUAAUACCUGAAUAUCCAAUGGCGUAGAUCACAAGGGGGGGAUGUUACAUGUUAACCUAAAAUAUAGUUAAAAAAGAUUUUGACAUAAAAGAGCCUUGAUUUUAAAAACAAAGAGAGAUGUAAUUUAAAAAGUUUAUUAUAAAUUAAAUCCAGCAAAAAAAAAAGAUUUGCUACAAAGUAUAGAGAAGUAUAAAAUAAAAGUUAUUGUUUGAA